GUGUGCCCAAUUGCUUGUGCUGGGAUUGUCUGUGUGCUUCGAGGGUUUUCUGUGUUUUUCAUAGUAAACUCUUAAUAUUUAAUUUCAAGCCCUAAACCAUGGCCAGAAGCAAUUGAAGCAAAAGAAGAUCCGACGACGAUUCCGCUUCGGAGUCCAAAUCAGACGAGACCAACAGCCGACACUCUUUAAGCUCCCGCAAACGUAGCAAGGAUCGAAGCCGUCGUAGUAAAAGCAAAAGCAGCCGUUAUAGACAUACCCGAAGCCGAAGCCGUCGCGACCGUGGCUCCGACGACGAUUUCUCCGGUGACGACAGCGAUGAAAGCGAUCGAUGUCGUAGUAAGAAGAAGAGGUCUUCUAGAAACAUCACGGAAGAGGAAGUUGCUGAGUAUCUGGCCAAGAAAGCUCAAAAGAAGGCAUUGAGAGCUGCGAAGAAAUUGAAGGCGCAAACAGUGUUAGGUUAUUCAAAUGAUUCGAAUCCUUUCGGCGAUUCCAAUCUCAACGAAAAAUUUGUGUGGCGGGAGAAGAUUGAGCAAGAUGUUGCCCAAGGAGUACCAUUGGACACCUUUUCAGUGAAAGCUGAGAAGAAGAGGCAGAAAGAAAGAAUGGCUGAGAUUGAAAAGGUUAAAAAGAGAAGAGAGGAAAGGGCACUUGAGAAAGCACAACAUGAGGAAGAAAUGGCUUUGUUAGCUAGAGAACGUGCUCGAACUGAGUUCCACGGUUGGGAGAAGAAAGAGGAGGAGUUUCAUUUUGAUCAAAGCAAAGUCAGAUUAGAGAUUAGACUUCGUGAAGGCCGUACGAAGCCUAUUGAUGUUUUGUCCAAGCACUUUAAUGGGUCAGAUGAUAUGGAUAUAUAGCUAAAUGAACCAUACAUGGUUUUCAAGGGCUUGACAGUCAAAGAGAUGGAAGAGCUUCGUGAUGACAUAAAAAUGCAUCUUGAUUUGGACAGGGCAACUCCAACACUCAUAGAGUACUGGGAGGCACUUAUGGUGGUUUGUGAUUGGGAGUUAGCUGAUGCCCGGAAGAAGGAUGCACUUGAUCAAGCUAGGGUGCGUGGGGAGGAACCUCCAGCUGAGUUGAUGGCUGAAGAAAGAGGUCUGCACUCUAGUAUUGAAGCAGAUGUCAAGAAUCUCUUGGAAGGGAAGACCUAUUGUGAGCUGGAGGCAUUACAAUCCCAGAUUGAGUCACAGAUGCGUUCUGGCAUGGCAAAGGUUGUUGAGUAUUGGGAGGCUGUUCUUAAACGUCUUCAUAUUGUCAAAGCAAAGGCUUGUUUGAAGGAAAUACAUGCUAAAAUGCUGCGUAAACAUUUACAACGCCUUGAGCAACCUUCAGAAGGUGAAGAUAGAAUGGAAUCUGAUCAUGGUUUAAGAUCUGGAGUGGAGGAUAGUCAUCAUGAUGUGAAAGAUGCUGAGAGAUACCCUCCAGAUCCCAUACUACAAGAAGAGACACAUGAGGUGGAAGAAGAGGCUGGAUCAUUUUCACCAGAACCGUUGCAUGGUGAUGAAAAUGAAGAAGCUAUUGACCCUGAAGAGGACAAGGCUAUACUGGAAAGGAAAUGUAUGGCCGUGUUAGAGGAACAGCAAAGACGGAUGCAAGAAGUUAUGGCAUCAAAACCUACCCCUUCAGAAGAUAACUUUGAGCUAAAAGCCAUGAAAGCUAUGGGAGCAAUGGAGGAGGGAGAUACAAUAUUUGGCUCAGCUGCUGAAGUAAACUUGGACUCACAGGGGUAUUGGUGGCAUGACAAAUACCGACCGAGAAAACCAAAAUAUUUCAACCGUGUUCACACUGGAUAUGAGUGGAACAAAUACAACCAGACCCAUUACGAUCAUGACAAUCCACCUCCUAAAAUUGUGCAAGGAUACAAGUUUAAUAUUUUCUACCCAGACCUUGUUGACAAGACAAAGGCUCCUGGAUAUACCAUUGAGAAGGAUGGAAAUGGUGCGGAGACAUGCGUCAUAAGGUUCCAUGCUGGGCCACCCUAUGAGGACAUUGCUUUCCGGAUUGUAAACAAAGACUGGGAAUAUUCUCAUAAGAAGGGAUUUAAAUGCACAUUCGAACAUGGAAUUUUGCAUAUAUAUUUUAACUUCAAGCGCUAUCGCUACCGUAGGUGAUAUGUCGCUUAUUUUGUAACGGAUUUGUGAAAAAAACCUUUCUGGUUGGACCAAGGAGGGAAAAGCAUGGUGUCUUUGGGUGCAGGAUUCUUGUCCCCGUUUGUCCUUACCCAAGAAUGCCAAAGUAAAACUAGAACAAGGUACCUACGUUGCUCUCUGCUAUAUUUCACUUAUGUAUAUAUUUUUCAUCACUGGUAGGUGUAUUUUUUUUUUUUUGGUUUAAAUUUACUAUUAAUUGAUAUGAUUAUCAUAUGUUAUAAACAUAGUCAUAUAAAAAUUCAACUCAAUGAUGAGUGUAUAUUUUUCAUACUCAAAAUUGAGUCCGAAUCUCUCUUAUGGGAUCAAUUCUUUGGUAUUAAAAUAUUUUUUUAACAUCCAACUGCUGGUUAGAGAAGUAACAGAAUUGUGAAGAUGAAGAAAACUAAAAGGAGGUCUACCAGAAAUGGCCAGUCUAAUGAAUUCGAGGAGUUAACGGAUAGUACAAAUCAAUACAAUAGAGGUCACAGUGAAGCCAUUGCAAGUGCAGACUGCAUUAAUGUCACUGCUAAACAAAUUUGUUCUGAGUGAUAUGUGCGGAAACAUGGAGAAUCAGAAUGAAGUUCAAUCUGUACGGAGUUUGUGCUAGAAGAAGAAAAUUUUAACCUCAUUUAAACCAAGUAUCUCUUAAUAAAUGUAAAAUCAGGGAUGGCAAUGGGUACCCUUUUAACAUUUUUACUUUCUCACUGAAGAUGAUAACAUUUGAUUUCACAAGAUAACCAGUGAAAUGUUUAUGACCAUGCUUCUUAAUUGUAUGUUCAAGUACAUUUGAGAUUU